UCCAAUCAGGGUUUUAGUGGUCGGAUGUUCUCAGCGCGCCUAGGGUUUUGUAGCUUGUCCAGCUCCAGCGCCAGCGCCUGUCGAUUCGCCGCCGCCUCCUGCGUCUCCUCCGCCGCUGCCGCCGCCAUCAUCUUGGCCCGGAGAAGCGGCAUUGGAUCCGCGGCGGCGCCAGUAGCAGCGGCAUCGUCAAGAGGUUCGUUGUCGGCGGUAGCAACCCUGGCGCAGAAGAUUGGCAAGUCGAUCCGUGGCCCCGGCGCCAUGUCCAAGGCCCGGAUAUACGCCGAUGUGAACGUGCUGCGCCCAAAGGAGUACUGGGACUACGAGUCUCUCUCGGUGGAGUGGGGUGACCAAGAAGAAUAUGAGGUUGUGCGAAAGGUGGGUCGAGGCAAGUACAGCGAGGUGUUUGAGGGCAUCAAUUGCGUGAACAACGAGCAUUGUAUCAUAAAAAUCCUCAAGCCCGUGAAGAAGAAAAAGAUAAAGCGUGAGAUCAAAAUUCUCCAGAAUCUCUGUGGUGGGCCAAAUAUUGUCAAGCUUUUGGAUAUCGUCCGGGACCAACAAUCGAAGACGCCCAGCUUAAUCUUUGAGUAUGUCAAUAACACGGACUUCAAGACCUUGUACCCGACGCUGACGGACUACGAUAUUCGCUACUACCUGUAUGAGCUUCUCAAGGCACUCGAUCACUGCCACUCGCAAGGAAUUAUGCACAGGGACGUGAAGCCGCACAAUGUGAUGAUUGAUCACGAGCAGCGCAAGCUGCGGCUCAUCGACUGGGGCCUGGCAGAAUUCUACCACCCCGGAAAGGAGUACAACGUUCGCGUUGCUUCAAGAUACUUCAAAGGUCCGGAGCUGCUUGUGGACCUGCAGGACUACGAUUACUCUCUCGACAUGUGGAGCCUAGGCUGCAUGUUCGCUGGAAUGAUAUUUCGCAAAGAACCAUUCUUUUAUGGCCAUGACAAUCACGAUCAGCUGGUGAAGAUUGCCAAGGUGUUGGGGACAGACGAGCUGAAUGCGUAUCUGAACAAAUACCACCUGGAGCUUGAUGCUCACUUCGAAAGCAUGGUCGGCAGACACAGCAGAAAACCCUGGUCGAAGUUCAUAAACAACGACAACCAACACCUGGUGAAUCCUGAGGCUCUGGAUUUUCUCGACAAGCUGCUACGAUACGAUCACCAAGAGCGACUGACCGCCAGAGAGGCUAUGGCGCACGCGUACUUUUACCCGGUUCGUCUCUCGGAAUCAAACAGCAGGAGGAGCUGAGGAAGAUCGGUUUCGAUUUAUUGCGGUGGUAUCUCUCGUAAUUGACAGUGUAUGAUUUAAAUUAUUCUACCAGCAGUCCUUCAUGAUCUUUGAUCUUUCCAGCA